ACAGCAAACAGUUGAUGGAAAUGGCGCGCGCGCUUCCUAGAUAGGUCUUGAUGUGUUUGCUUUCGAAUUUCGAAUUUGCGCGCUCAUUGUCUGUCUGUUUGUUGUUGUUGUUUUUAUGUAUUGCUUCUACUGGUGAAAAGGUGCGCACAUGGUUGAGGCGACAUGAGGGGAAAAACCUGCGUGUAUGCACUUAUUUGAGACAUUUUUCCGUGUCAUGUCGGUCAAGGCACCAAGAGAUGGCGUUUCAGGCUUCCAUUUUGAUUUCCACAAAAGCAUCACGUGCCCUAAGAUUACAACUCAAGAUAGCUACUACGCAAGCAAACUGGCUACUUACGGUUUCGGAAUUCACAGCGGAGCCACUGGAAUAACAACUACUUACAUUUGGCCAGAAAGCGUCGCUUCAAAGAAUCCUGAUAGUCUUCUGAGUUGUAUAUAUUAUCACUCAACACGAGUAGAACAAGACAAUAUGGGAUGGAACAUUUUCUGGGCGGACAACGCUCGUUUCCAAAACAAGAACUAUACUGUCGCGCUAUUUCUAGAGCAUCUAGUGGAAAGUGGCAUCAGACGACGAAUUGACUAUAAAUUUUUUGUUUCCGGACACUCAUAUGGCGCGGUCGAUCGUGACGCCGGCAGGUGCGAAAAGCUUAUACGCAGAGAAGAGGUCCUUGAAUGCCCAGCUGAUUACCGCGAACUGAUAAACGAAAGCUCUCUUCACCCCAAAACACACUGGAUCGAGUUAGAUCAGUCGAACUUCAAGAAUUACUCAACAUUUAAAGAAGAGUCAUAUUUCUUCCUUUCCUUCUCCCUGUUGACUAUUUUUAUGCAAUUGAUGCUCUUUGCUAUUUCCCCUCUACACCAAAAAUAAAUUAAUAAACAGAUUUGAUUUUUAAAUUGGAAAUUUUAAUUUAGUAGUUUCACUUAAAUCUUCUUUUUAGGAUUUCCUUUCCAAUUCUCUUUUCCAUUACAUUUAUUUUACAGGUUUAGAGUUAUUUCAUUGG